AUGCCCAUCAUAAAACUCUCUCCCAAUCCCCGAGACUCCACUUACAUCGCUCAAGCCUUCUCAAACCUCUACCACCACCUCCCCGACGCCUCCAUAGAUCAGCUCCUCGACUUCCCACCGGUCUACCCGGAUGGACCCGACACACCCACCCUCUGGCGUCGGAAUCAUGGCUGGCUGGAUGAGUUGAGCGCGGCGCAGUACCCGCCCGAGAAAAGGCGAAUGCGCGCUUGGAGGGAGGUUAUGGUAGAGCUGAUUGGGUUGGGGUGUGGAGCGUGCGAUGGGGAAAGCGAUGAAGAGGACGAGGGCUUCGGUACUGGCAAAGGGGAGACUUUGAAAGGGGAGGUUAGUGGGAGAUCAUUGGAGGUUAUACCCUGGGACGGGGACGCGGAUGAGUUUGUGCGGUCGCCAGUGCAAGGCGGGCAUGUGGGCAGGAUAGGGGUGGUGAGGAAAGCGAUGGUCAUGCAGAAGAUGGUGGGGCAGUAUCGGCAUUGCAAGGACGGGCAUGUUGCGCGGAGGGAUGAGAGGAGGAGAAGAGAGCAUCAGGUCGCGAUGAAUGUCUUGAGGAGGCAUGCGGCGUUUAUGAGGGUUACUGUCGCUGCUUGA